AGGCGCGACGUCGGGGUGGGGCGGGCCUAAGGAAACGCUCCGGGGCCUAGUGGCCCUACCGGUGCCACCUGGCCGUCCCUGCCCCUUCCCCCACCAAGCCAGCGACCGGGAUGCAGACAUCAGAGCGUGAGGGAGGUGGGCCAGAAGUGAGCCCCAGCGUGAUGCCUGAGGCUCCCCCAGAGUCUCCACCUGCCCCUACCAAGUCUCCAGCGUUUGAUCUUUUCAACUUGGUUCUCUCCUACAAGAGGCUGGAGAUCUACCUGGAACCCCUGAUGGAUGCAGGUGACGGUGUUCGAUACUUGCUCAGGUGGCAGACGCCUAUGUGUUCCUUGCUGACCUGCCUGGGCCUCAACAUCUUGUUCCUCACUUUGAAUGAGGGUGCAUGGUACUCGGUAGGUGCCCUGAUGAUUUCAGUGCCCGCCCUGCUGGGCUACCUUCAGGAGGUUUGCCGGGCUCGGCUGCCAGAGUCUGAGUUGAUGCGGAGGAAGUAUCACAGCGUGAGGCAGGAGGACCUACAGAGAGUUCGCCUGUCUCGCCCUGAGGCCGUGGCUGAGGUGAAGAGCUUCCUGAUCCAGCUGGAGGCCUUGUUGAGCCGCCUGUGCUGUACCUGUGAAGCUGUCUACCGCGUGCUGCAUUGGGAGAACCCCACCGUGUCCUCACAGUUCUUUGGGGCUCUUCUGGGCACUGUGUGCAUGCUGUAUCUGCUGCCGCUCUGCUGGGUCCUUGCCCUUUUAAACAGCACACUCUUUCUGGGGAAUGUGGACUUUUUCCGAGUGGUAUCUGAGUAUAGGGUGUCUCUGCAGCGGCGUAUGAACCCCAAGCAGGAAGCGUGUGCCUUCGAGAGUCUGCCACCGUCGGAUGCUGGGGGGAAGGGUGCACUGCUGGACAGUACGCCUGCCCCCACACCCACGGAGAGUCUCUCUUCUCAGGACCUCACGCCAGGCAGCGUGGAGGAGGCAGAAGAGGCUGAACCAGAUGAGGAGUUCAAAGAUGCCAUUGAGGAGGAUGAUGAGGGUGCCCCGUGCCCGGCAGAGGAUGAGCUGGCCCUGCAGGACAACGGGUUCCUGAGCAAGAAUGAGGUACUGCGCAGCAAGGUGUCCCGGCUCACAGAGCGGCUCCGGAAGCGCUACCCUACCAACAACUUUGGGAACUGUACAGGCUGCUCUGCCACCUUCUCAGUGCUGAAGAAGAGGCGGAGCUGCAGUAACUGUGGAAACAGCUUCUGCUCUCGGUGUUGCUCCUUCAAGGUGCCCAAGUCCUCCAUGGGGGCCACAGCUCCUGAAGCCCAGAGAGAGACUGUGUUUGUGUGUGCCUCAUGUAACCAGACCUUGAGCAAGUGAGCAGAGAGGCCAGGGUCCAACUGGGCGCCAGUCCCUGGGGCCAGCAGUAGACCGCCCCCCUCCUUACCCCUGGCCCCCUGUGGCUUGUGCUGGGCACAUGUGGCCUGGAUGCUAGGUAGGCUUCCCAUUCUUUCCCUUACUGUCUCUAGCUGGGUUCUGGAGCUGUUUCUCACUCCUGCUGGUGGCCAGCAGUGGCUGCUCUCAAACCCAGAGGGGAGAGAAGCCCCCUGGUAGGUUUGCCCCGUCUGCCCUAGGCUGAGUGAGCACACUCAGGGCUGGGCAGGGAGUAUCCACUAGAGGGCAGCAGCAAGUUAGGCCUGGUCUCUUCUGGGCUCUGAUGAUCAGGGCCUGGGAAUUCUAGAAGACCUGAGGGUGGGAAGAGAGGUUCUUCCCCUGCGGGGUACUGGCUUUCAGCCUCAGAGUUCCUGCAGAAGGGCUUGAGAGUACCAUGCCCCAACUCCACUGUUUGAAUGGACCUCCAGGCACCAGGAUCUGAUCAUUUCCCCAUUAGAAGGUGUGACCAGGGCUAACAAGACCAGGAGUGCUUCUAGAAACAGGGUUGAAGUUACCAAGUUCCCCCAGAGGAGAAUGUAUAUAGGAGGGGCUGGCCGAGUCCUUCAGUAUUAAGUAGAGCAAAGCAUGGGGUGGCCCCAGCGCUUGAAGGGCCUUUGCCCCUCCUUGCAGAGACCUUGACUUGCUGAAUCUUGGCCCACAUAAUACCCUGGUGUCCCCACCAGGGAUACUCAGAUCACUCCUUCUGCUUCCCCAGUCCAUAGUCAAGGACAACGCUCCUGUGGCCCAGCGCUACGUCUCCCUUCUCCUGUCCCUUGCCCAUGGAGUGUGAGGCCAGCUAAUUGGAGCAGAGGUCCUGAAGCCCUUGACCCUUGCAGGCCUGGGAAGUGUAGGAUCUCACUGGGCUGGGUUCUACUAGGCUGUUCCACAGAGAACAGUUUCAGUUUUGUGAUAAGGCCACUUGGGGUCCUCAUCCUCUUUCAAACAAUUUCAUGCUAAUUUCUGGAUUUUUAGGGGCUUAGCAUCUGUCCUUAAGCCGUGAGCUGGCUCAGGCACCCCUCCCCUGGAGCUGCCCUGCCUUUUUGAAGUAUUUAUUUAUUUAUUGCUUGGUUUCUGGGAACAUGUAGCACAAGGAAUUGGGGUGAAGAGGAUGGGGGGUCUCCUACCUAGGACUCUGCCCUGGAGUAGUGGGCUGCCUGGGACCCAGAACUCAUAGGUGGCUGAGACGUUGCUAUGCCAAAGGAGGCAGGUUUGGGAGAUAAGGGACUCAUCUUAGGCCAGCUUUCUCACCAGGCCAAGCAGUUUAGCUAUGGCUCAGCAGCCAGGGGCCUGCUCCAGGCCAGCCAAAAUGCCAGUCCCUGGGGAACCAGGCAGGCCUUGGUAUACCCCCUUUGUCCUGUUAAGAGAUGAGAGUUUAGUACCCUGUGCUUUGUUUACACUGGAGAGGAACUAAAAGGAUCUCUGUGUA